AUGAACUUUUCGCCUGAUCUUGUGACGGGUGUUCAGCACUGUUGUCGUCGGUUGGCGUUGCAAAACUGUCCUGCGGCAGUACCUAAGGCCGGAAGCGGGGUGCUCCACUUCGCUCCGCCCGUGCCGCUUCUACUCUGGAAGAAGGAGGCUGCCAUUGCGGUUGGAGCAGCGUUUAUCACGGUUGGUGCUUACCGGAUAGUUCAGGCACGGAGACAGACUGAAAAAAGUGGCCCACGGCGGUGCCCUGACUGCCGAGGCGAGGGACGUGUCAAGUGCUUCCAGUGCCAGGGGAAAACCUUUUUCCAAGUAGAAGGCGAACGCGUGCCUCACGCCUGUUUGCGUUGCAGUGCUACCGGGCGUGUGACUUGUGGUCGUUGCAACGGCACGGGUUACAUUAAUCCAUCUGGCGUCGAUGCUUCUGCCAGCGCUGGCAGGGAAGGCUCCGGCAAAGGCGGCAGCCAGCGCGGCGACGAUCCCUGGAAGCUUCCAGACCAGUUCCGCCAGAGUGCUUUCUUUUUCUGGUUUGACUGGUACCGCAAACGACGUGCAAGCGCAUUUGCAGAAACCUGA